AUGUCUGAUCAAAUUCAAAACCAACCUCAAGGUCCUCCACCUUUACCAAAGAGAAAUAUUUCAAAUCAGUCAAGAUUUAGCAAUAUCAGUAUUAAUAGCAACCAUAGUAAUAUCGCCAAUACUGCAAAUACUGCAAAUACUACAAAUACUACAAAUACCACAAAUAAUAACAAUCAUAUAUCAUUAAUGAAUGCUGGAACUCAUAUGAUCAACAACAACUUUAAAUCAGAAAACAAAGCCAACAUAGAAAAUCAAAUUAUUAAUGAAAAAAUUUCUUCAAAUUUGAAAAAUCCUUUGAAACUAAACUAUAAAAACCAAUUUAUUGAUCAAGAUGACUUGUCUUCAACCUACAAUCUAGGUGUUAUCCUCCUCAAAAGACAGUUUGAUUUAAACAAUUUCAAUGUCUCCUAUAAAUACGAUUUAUUUUAUAACAUUAAAAAUUCAAAAAACUUCUUAAAAUUUCAGUUUGACAAUAUUCAAAGAAAUUUGAAAUCAGAUCCAAAUAAUUCAAAUUUAUACAAUUCAAUCGAUUGGAAAUUCUGGUCCUCUAUUAUAAACAAAUUCUCAAAUAGAUUUAAAAAAUUCAAAUCUCUAAAAAACUUUGAAAAAAAAUUAUCUCUUUAUACCAUCCCUCCUCCAAUUAAACACAUUUUGUACCUUUUUGUGUCAAAUUCAAAAUCAACAAAAUUAGAAUCAAUUUACAAUAGAAUUUCAAAUUUCUUCAAUAAUCAAAUUCAAAACUAUACUCAAAUUGAUGAUGAAAAUAUUAAUUUACUAAAAUCAAAAUACACUUAUUUGAUUUUAAAAAUUGAAAACAUUUUCAACUUAGAUCAUGAUACUAAUAGUGGUAAUAAUAGUGAUACUAAAACUGAUACUGAUACUAAUACUGAUAACAACAAUAUUAACAAAGACAUGUUGGAAAUCUUAAGAAAUUUCUGGUUAUAUUAUGAAAAAUUCAAUAUAAUUGAUAUUAAUGACCCCAAAAAUAAAGACUAUCCUAACAUUAAUCUUUUUAAACAAUUCUACUUACCUUCAAAGACAAUAAUCUUAAUUUGCAAUUUGUUCUUGAAAAAAUUUUCAAUGGAUCUAUCAAACUCUGAAAUGUUUUCUUUAUUAAUCACAAUUUAUGAAAACUAUUUUAAUUUUAAUGAUAAUGAUGAUUACUACAUCUACCAAAAUUUCAGAAACUCUACUAUUUUAUCUUCUCAUAAUAAAAAUUUAAUCUCAAAUUAUAACAAAGACAAAUUGACUUUUAUAUUCAAUAGAUCUUUAGAACAAUACUAUCCAGAAUUACUAUUAUACCUAUCUUCUCAUGGAAUUCACUCAAAUUUGUUAGUUGAUUAUUAUUUAUGCGAAUUUUUCUUUAAAAUUUCCAAAAAUAAAUCCAUUUAUUCAGACAAACCUCCUGAAUUGCCAAAAAGAUUAUCAAAGAUUCAAAGAAAGAGAUUAACUUCUUUAUUACGAAGCAAUGGCCAAAAUUUAGAAAUCAUCAAUUAUGAUUUAAACAUUGACGAUUUGUUUAAACUUUUUGACAUGGUUUUGUUUGAAGGCAUAGAAUAUUUAAUCCGUUUCAUUUUAUUAAUCUUUCAAAAAAAUUACUACAAAAUCUUCAAAAUCGAAGAUGGUAAAAAAUUGCUACAAUUUUUGAAAUCAAAUGAAAUUUUAACCUUCUUGAAAGACGAAAAGUUUGUUGAACAUCAACAUGAAGUUACCCAAGACCAAUUUAUUCAAAUUCAAAAAACUGAACCUGACGGUUCAAUAAUCGAAAUAUUAAACAACUAUGAUGAUGAUAAUCAAAUUAGUAAACAAAAUAAUAGCCUCAAUUCCGAUCAAACUGAAAAAAAUGAAGAAAAAAUCAAAAUCAAAAUUAAAACACCAAAGAAAUUUAAUGAUUUUAUUAAAGAAUCAUUUGAAUAUCACCCAUACAUUCUUAAAUUCGAAAACGAAUUCAAAGUUCUCACCGAUGAUAUGAGAAAAAAUGGAAACGAAUCACUUUUCAGUGAAGAAAUCGAGGAAGAUGACGACUACGACGAAGGCGAAUCAAUUUUCGAAAACAAUUUAGCAUCUCAUAGUUAUAAUAACGGGACUAAUGGAAACAACAGUACUAAUAAUAACAGUAACGUAUUGUCACCAAUAUCAUCCAUAUCAAGUAAUUCACAAUCAAAGGACAUUGGUAAACACUCAAAUUUGAACAUUGAAUUGAAAAACCUACGUAAAACUGUUUCAAAACUAACCAGUAGAAGUGAGACAUUGAAAAAGGAUUAUGAAAAUUUGAAAGGGAUCCAUGCAUCAUAUCUCGACGAAAAUAUGAAAAACAAAGAAAUUUUGACAGAAAAAUCGGAACAAAACAGUAUAUUGAAGGAAAAUAAAGAAAACCUUGCCGAAUACAUCAACAACAAACAGCUCUCAGACGACCUAACCCAUACAAUGGUAAGAAACACUCAAAUUGAGGAAAUCAACGAGGAUCUCAGAAUCCAGUUGGAGGAAAUGACUGAAAACUUGCGAAGCAUUCAAAACCAGGUCCAGGAAGUGAAAAUAGAAAACGAGGAGUACAAAAAGCAAUACGAGAUGAGCAGCUUCAACUCGUUCAACGCCGGCUUUAAGGGCCUUGGGCGCAGAUUGUCCUUGAGAAGAAGAUGA